AUGUCCUACUCCCCGCAGAUGGACUUGACCCGCGAGCUAGAAAACCAAGCUGCCGUCGAGGCCGUGGCAGCAGCCGUAGCCGCGCAGGACGACUACCCUCCCCAGCCGGGCCAUGGUCCUCCUCCACCACCUGCGUACGCGCGCGCCCGACAGGCGUUCCCCUUCGGCCCGCCGCACAGACAAGCCCCAGACUCGCCGUUGAGUAAUGCACAACAACUCAUGGUCCUCCGCGAGUUUUAUGCCCGGAAUCCGAACCCGAGCAAGCGCGAGCUGGAGAUAUUGGCCGAGAGGACCGGGAGGCCGUGGAAUAAGAUUAGGGAGUAUUUCAGGCAGAGGAGGAACAAGUUGCGCGGACUGAGUGACUUGGAGGGGAUGGAGGAGCCGGGAAGGGCUAGUAGCUGGCUCCAAGUCACGUACCGUCCCGGACCACCCUCGGUCUCCGUCUCCCAACUAACCCUGUACAACGCCUACAAGUCGCGCUUUGAUCCGUACUCCACCUCGGCCCCGCUCCUCGGCGGACAGGAGUUGAUACAGCUCGCAUGCUCUACCUUCCCCGGGUGUGAGAUGGCGCGCGAUGAUGGCGAUUACGUACUUCGUGGGCUUAGGGAUAAGGAUGGGGCCGUUAUCGAGGCUGAGUGGGAUCGCGGGGUUGAUGCCAUGGUUGAGCCGUUGCGGGGGACGACUUGGCUCCUCAGCAAUUACCAGCACCAAGGUGAAGGCGUCGGGCCCUCACUUACCCAAACAGAGCUGUACACCGCUUAUGCGGCGCGCUUCUCCUCUCUCCUCCCUGUGGCUGAGGAGGAGGUGGAUCAAGUGGACCAAGCCGAACAGGUUGACCAGGUCGGCCACGAACAGGUGAACCACGAACAGGUGGACCAAAUCCAGGUCGACCAAGUCAACCAAAGCGAGGUGGACCCGGUAGAAGGCGAGGUGGAUCUCAGCGAGCUCGGCGUCGAGCACGCCGAACUCAAGGACUUUGAGGCCAACAUGGGUAUGGAGGGGGACAUGUUCCUGCAAGAUGCCGAGCACGCCGAGCACGCUCAGCGCGGUGAGCACGCUGAGCACACCGAGCACAACGAGCACUCACAACCCGACGAGCCUGACGACUCGGAUGAACGCGUGCCGCCGCGCAUGCUCAAUCCCGUCGAACUUAUUGCACUUGCACGCAUGACGUUUCCGAAGUGCGAGCCGGCAGUGGAUGAGGAUGGACGAUUCGUUAUUCGCGGACUGGAACGGCGCGAGGGCGUCGAGAAGGGGCGGGGAGUCAAGGCUGCCGACAUGUUCCCUUUUGCGCUUGCGAGCGUGCCUGCACCUUCUGACCCUGCGCACCCGUUGACGUCCAUACUCAAGCGCAAGCUUGCGCUACUCAACCCCGAACCCGACGAGCCGUCUAAGCGCCGCAGCGGUAUCGGAGUCAACAUUGCCCUCGACGCCGAGCCCGAGCUCACCGACGAGGACAGGGAACUGCUCGAUGGUCUCCGGCGCUUCCGGUACUCCAAACUGGGGCGCGAGGUGCGCGACACGUGUGUGCAGCAGUAG